UUCGUCUUGUCUCUACAUAAAUUCCAAAUCCAAAACCACAACCAGAAAGUGUAAUUUAAACCCACACGACACAUAGUUCAAAUUGAUGUGUCGAAGAAGAACAACACAUCUUAUAGAGAGAAAGUGAAAGAAGGAAGUGGCGAGGAACAACGGAAAAACCAUUUCCUCUGUAUUUACGUAAAUGCAUCAGAAAAUUUUCGACCUGAUCGGAGAAGAUAGGAGUGGUCUCUCUUCCGAUUUUAACCGAAACCCGUCAAUUUUCCCUCCUUCAAUCGACCAAAAACACCUUCAGAUUCAAACCCUAAACCGGUCCACCAGUCAAUCCAAAAACCAUCUCAGAAUCCAAAUCCCAUCUCUUUCUUCCCUUCGAUUCCCAUCUUCCAAACAAUCAGACCCAUCAACAACAACCCAUCAAAAUCCCAAACAGACCCAGUUUCAGAAUGAACCAAUUUGCAACACCACAUCAACAAACGAAACCCUUCCUUCAACAUCCCACAAAAGGCCUCUAAUGUCCCGAACCAUUUCAACUCUUUGUUCUUCCUCAUUUGGAGUAGCUUUGGCAUGUAGAACAAUCGCUCUGAGACUUUUUCGCCACUUUUAUAGUGUCCGAUGGCUUCGAGUACAUUUGCGUGUGUUCAUUAUUCUUUCAUUGCCAUCUCUGUACUUCUUGACCUCAACCCAUCAUAGCAUUUUCCUUCUUGAUUUCCUACCUGUUUUUGCUUUCUCAGCUGCUCUUGUAAUUUCGCUUAAUCUAGCUCUCCCUCGCCUUCCUUCAAUUCGCCUAUUUCUUGCUCGUACCUUCCCAACUAAGCUUUCAUCAACAACUACAGCCUCAAAAUCGCACCUUCCAGUUGUUUGGUUAAUUGGGUCAAAGGCAAAAUCAGAGAAAAGGGUGAAUUCGGGGUCUUGGGUACAGGUUUAUAGAAAUGGGGAUGUUUAUGAGGGUGAAUUCCAUAAAGGGAAUUGCUCUGGAAGUGGGGUUUAUUACUACCACAUGAGUGGGAGGUAUGAGGGGGACUGGGUUGAUGAGAGGUAUGAUGGGUAUGGUGUGGAGACAUGGGCAAAAGGGAGCCGGUAUCGUGGGCAGUACCGGCAAGGGUUGAGACAUGGAGCUGGGGUGUAUAGGUUUUACUUUGGUGAUGUUUAUGCCGGAGAGUGGUGUAAUGGGCAGUGUCAUGGGCGUGGGGUGCAUACUUGUAGGGAUGGGAGCUGCUAUGUUGGGGAGUUCAAGUGGGGCGUCAAACACGGGCUUGGUCAUUACCAUUUCAGAAAUGGGGACACAUAUGCUGGAGAAUAUUUUGCAGACAAGAUGCAUGGUUUUGGAGUGUAUCGGUUUGGGAAUGGACAUCAAUAUGAAGGAGCCUGGCACGAGGGAAGAAGGCAGGGGCUUGGUAUGUACACUUUCCGAAAUGGGGAUAUUCAGUCCGGUCACUGGCAAAAUGGGGUUAUCAAUGUUUUAAGCACUCAAAGCACCCAUCCUGGGUCUCCCUUCACGAUCAACCAUUCCAAAGUUCUCAAUGCAGUUCAGGAAGCACAGCGAGCUGCUCAGAAAGCUUACAAUGUGGAAAGGGUUGAUGAGAGGGUAAGCAAAGCUGUAGCAGCGGCCAACAAAGCAGCCAAUGCAGCUAGAGUUGCAGCUGUGAAGGCUGUCCAAAACCAAAUGCAUCACAGAAACAACAGUGAUGAUGCAUCAAAUCCAACCGUUUGAUCCAAGAAAAGGCUUUUCGAUUUUCAUUCAUAUCCCGUUCUCUUAAAUGUUCCAUGUUGUCUCUUAGAUUUUGCCGUCUGUAAACAGAUGAUGCAGCUGUGAGGUACUAGCUUGGAACCGCAAUCAGUUGAAGCGAAUGCGACUGAUUGAGGAGCAGGAUAGGUAUUCUCCAUUUUUUUGGCUUUAAUAAUUUGUAAAUAGGGUUAGUUGGAGGUCUACAAGUGAAGGAUAGAGGUAAAGUGCUUGAGAUAGUUGAGGGUUUUCUUCUCGGUGUAUGCUUGUAAAUGUAAAUGUAUUUGUAUGUGAAUUUUGGCCUAAAUAUUAAUUGGCCGUCAAGUGUUGUACGUUCAUCAAAAUCUUCAAACAGAGCCAGUGUCUAAUAUAUCAACUAUGGCUUUUAUGAGUAA